AACUUUGAAUAAAGCUGAAUCUUGAUAUAAAAUGGCGAAGUUAGUCCAUGUUAUAAUCCUGGGUAUUCUCACAAUUAUCAACGUGGCAAAUUGUGGAGACAGUAGAGUGGGAUCAGUCAGGAAAUACGUGAAUAUUUGCGGAAACAAACGCCUGGCAAGAACAGCAUCGGCUUUGUAUGAAUGCAUAUUGGAAAGCUCUGGGAUUUUUGAUGGAGUGCGAGGUCGAGUGAAUGUCGAUCGAUUCAGAAAAAUAAUUCAGAAAAUAAGUGAUCCUAGUGUACAGAAUCAGGUUUCUCCUAUCGUGGUGAAUUUCAAGAAGUGUGUAAAAGGGCGACGUUUCAGUACUGCAGACAACCUAAUUAUGGCGCUGUAUAGAUGCAAUUUUGAUCCAGACAUCCUGUACAAGUUUUGAAUAGACCAUUUCCAGCAUUUCCAUUCAUCAAGGAAGGGUGACACGACUUAUCAACUGAACAAUAUUUCAACUGCGACAUUUCAACUGCAACAGCAGUCAGAAAUCACAAUCAGCAGUCAGUGCACCUCAGUUGAAAUGUCCUAGUUGAUAUGUCGCAGUUCGAAUGUCGUCCAGUUGAUAACUGGUGCAACCCAAGGAAGACAAUGUAAAAUUCAAUGUGAGAGUU